AAGCGCAGGAGUUACUGCUACACCUCUUCCGGUAGCUCGAGAUAAAUGAUAUGAGCUCAGGCUAACUUCCCUGCUGAAGCGAAGACAGCAGCGGGGGCUGGGCAUUCAGCAUGGUGAAGGCAGCCAGCACCAGUGGAUUCUGAUGGAGAAAGCAGCCCAUGGGACAGUCCCUUAUCCAGCCGCCGGCUCCCUGUGACAAUGAAGGAGCAGAGCCAUAAUCUUAAUUAUUCCUGGGACAGCGACGCAGAAGAAUCCAUAGUGCCCAAAGCUGUACGAGACAAGGAUGCUCCAACUCCAAAGCUAAAUGGACCUAAGGCUGACCUCACUCCCUCAACCACAGAGAAGAAAAGUCACUCAAACACCAAGAAAUCAGCAAAGAAUGUGAAUCAAAGUCAAGACGGUGCUGAGUUCCAUGAUUUAAACAAGUCAGCAAAGUUGCCAAGAAUCCGAGAUAAAGCUGCACCCAGGAAACGUACAAAGGGAUCCACGUAUGCGGCAAACCUUACAGAUCAGGGUAAAGAGACCGCCUCCCAGGAUCAGCGCACUGACGAAUCACAAACGACGUGCCUGCAGGUGUAUGAUAGCCGCGUGUAUGAUAGUGUCCCCCCUGAUAUCACUCAGUUACCCACAGCAGCCGGGAACAGACAUAGCUCAGAAUUACAUAACAUGGAGCAGAAUCUGUCGGGAGAGAGUGAACAGAAAAAAAGCAGCUCCCAUUGUCUGGUGAAUAUGACUUGUCUGAACGAUACAGGGCAUCAAGAGACCUAUGCGCUUCCAAAAUACCUUUAUCAUGACCAGAAUAAGGAACCGCUUUAUAUGGAUCCUGAGAAAAACCCUCAAGUCAUCCUGAUGAAAGAGGUGCCACCGUAUAAGGACGAGCAGUACAUGUACGCGUUUCAUUAUGGGAAUGUGCAGUUUUACCUGGCAAGGAUGACUGAAAAUAAGACUUACACCGGGAAGCUGGCAGAUCGGGUAGAUAGAAUGAGCCUGCGCAUCUGGGGAGAAGUCUUUGGCGCUCUUCGUAUCUUGAUCAGCCCAUUCAUGUUUUUUGUUAAUGAACUGAGUGCCUUCCUGUUCACUUAUAUCUUCCAGGUCCUUGUUGUGGGGCUCUUAUCUACUCUUGGUGACCACGUUUUGAAGCCUCUGAUGGUGGCCCUUUUCAACAACAUCCUACAGCCCAUUUUUACAUUCUUGUUAAAUAUUAUGUCCAGCCUGCAAGCUCUGUUGGUGCCUUUAUGGAACUUAUUUAAUGGAUUUGCCCAAGUAUUGGCUACUGUGGUGCGCUCUUUCCGAUUGGUGGAAAUACACACAGGUCCCAUGAUCUAUUCCAAGCCUGUUAAGGAAGUAUGACCAAGAUGAUGUCCUGACAUUGUGGGCUGACUCCGUUCCUUCAAGAAUCCUCUGGGCAUGACCUUUUUACAAAUUGAAAGUUAUAUCAUAAUGCUGAAUCUCAAACUUAUUAUGUUAUUUUAUCCUAAAUUUUUUUUAUAAAUAUUUAAAAAAAAUAAAACACUGAUGGUGCAAGGCCAGUUUGGUUGGUCUUCUGACCAGUUUACAAUUGGCAGAGCACAUUCCACUUUGUUUUGAAUGGUCUUAGAUUACAUUACAGGUCUGAUAGGAAUACGUUCACAAAGCAUGAUAACCAGACUGAGGCAUAAAAAUCAAUUUUAAACAAAUUUAGUAACAACUCUCCUUUCAUGCGUCACUUAUCUCUUGUCCUUAUGACGUUUGUCUCUCUCAUUUUUAUCAUAUGCCCUGAUAACCGGUAUUUUACCAAAAUGUUAGAUUGUGAAACCGGGAACUGAGACUAUAACAUCAGAUAUCAAAGCUGACAAAACUUCAGUGUGCACUGUAUCAAUUAUAUAUAUAUUAUUAUUUUAUUUCUUAUAUAAAUACAAUUUUGCAAAAAAAACUCUUCGAUGGGAGAGAUCGUCCUCAGAUGUGUGUAUUGGGUUUUGUCCAACUAUGACUCAGUUGUUCAUUCAUAAUUUUAUAUGUUUGUAUUUUUUAUGCUAUUUGUAAUUUAUUCCAGUAAACAGUCUUUAAUACAAA